AUGGCCUCUCUGGUGGCCACUCUACUGGUGGUAUUGGCGUCUCUUAGCUUGCCAACGGAAGCCGCGGAAGAACUUGGUAUUAUCCGGCCGCUCCCGCCCAUCUAUCUUCCUCCUCUAUGGUGGCCGUGGCUGCGGCCUCCGCCUCCACCACCGAUACUCACCACCUCCUCCGACACCUCCACAUCCCACGCCUCCUCCACCACCGCCGCCCCCAAGUCACCACCUCCUCCGACACCUCCACAUCCCACGCCUCCUCCACCACCGCCGCCCCCAAGUCACCACCUCCUCCAACACCACCACCCCACACGCCUCCUCCGCCAUCGCCCCCGCCAAAGUCACCACCUCCUCCGACACCUCCACCACCCACACCUCCUCCGCCGCCGCCACCUCCACCACCCACAUCUUCUCCACCCCCGCCACCUCCACCACCUAGGAACCCUCCUCCUCCUCCUCCCCCGCCACCUUCACCGGUUAAUAGGCCUCCCCUACCGCUGCCUCCGGUUAAUAGGUCUCCACCACCACCAUCCCCCAGGGUCAGAUCUCCUCCUCCUCCUCGGCGUGGAGACGACUAGGGAAUGCACGUGCUUUAUCACUCGCAAGGAUAUGGGCGCGAUAAACAUCAAGAAUAAGGGGACGCUCAGGGUCCCUGGUGAAAGGAUAGCUCCUAAUAAAACAUUAAGUAAGAUUAAAAAAAAAACCAGUAUUGUCAUUACAUAAUCUUCGAGGCAAUCGUCCCGACUCAUUUAUCUUGGCUUUCAUAUGAUGUCGCUUUCGACCGUGAUUGUCGAUGUCGUUGUAAUGUCUUGUUUGUAAUGAAAUGAAAGUGCAA